UAAACCAUUUUAUACAUUAAACCUUUAAACCUUCUUAUACACCAAAGUAUGAAGUGUACUAAUCCUAAGGGUCUAGUCUGAUCAGGUUUUAGAUAUGUUAACAUUCAUACCAAGAUUUUUAAUUCAUAGGAUUAAAGAUUAAUAGCAUUACUGAAAGCCCCCUUUGUACAGGGCAAGUUACCAUUUAUUCCAGAUUGGUGGUGCAGAACAUUGACUUCAUCACACUAUAUAUAUAUCUGAAGCAAGAAUGGGUGUACUGUUAAGGAAAAAAAAGAAGACAAACUCAAAAUAAAUCACAAACACACCCACCCACACCCACCUACUAGGCAGCCUGUUCAAUAGUUAUUUGUACUUAUUUUAUGUUUUUUCCUAAGACUGUCCUUCAUUCCCUUCAUGGAUGGUUUGAAAUUUGUGUUGAAUAUUCUGACUGUUGCUAUGGUUUCCUUGCCUCUAGAAUUAUUGUGCUUUUUGUGUGGGCCAGGGUUUCUUAACCUCAGCACUAUUUCCGUUUUGAGCUGGGUAAUUCUUUGCCAGGGGAGGGAGGGCCAUUCUGCGUGUUACAGGAUGUUUAGCGGCAUCCCUGGACCUCCCCACUAGAUGCCAGGAGCGCCUUCCCUUCUUCCCCUCAAUGUGACAGCCAGAUGGGUCUCCAGACAGUGGUAAAGUCCCCACGAGAGCAAAAUCACCCACUGCGGAGAACUACUGGUGGAGGCCAUGAGGAUGGUCUAGACUGUCACAGCUCUGCUGUUUGGGGAGACCCUGCUCAUGAAGAGCAGGCAAAACCACCACUAUUGCCACCAUAAACCACCACAAAAGCAAUAUAAAAGGAAUACAAAAAACGAACAAAAUCAAGAGCUGCUGUUUAUUGAGAGCUUACUAUAUGCCUAGUACUGUGUAUAGAUUAUUCCUAAUUAUCCUGACCCAUAAGGAGACAUAAUUUUACUGAUUAUACAGGUAAGGAAAUUCUAAGAGCCUAAAUAGCUUAUUCAGAUUAUUCAAAUAGUAAAUGGUGGAACAGGAAUCUACAUACCAGCCUGUCAGAUCCCAAAGCCCAUGUCGGUCCCCUCCACAGUGCUGCUUCAAUAGUCUCUGACAAAUGUAAGGACAUAUUUUUGCUUCCUUAUUAGUAAAUGGGAAGGAAAACCUACAAAUGUAUUAAGACCAGACCUGCAAAUUUGUUGGAGUUGAGAUCAUUUUUGUAGCACGCAAGUUUAAUUUAAACAAUCUACUUAAUUAAAAUAUGGCCACCAAACAGAGGCUUACUGAAAAAAAAGUGUGAGGACCCAACAACUUCUUUCAAUAUAUUCAGGUUGCCAGAAAAGAUCUUGCAAGGCCUGGAAGUGACGCUUGGCCCUGGCUGGUCCCAAUACGUGGCACUUUGCUCCUGGAUUUUAGAAAUGGCCCAGUUACUCAGAAGUGCAGUGUGAACUGGCACAGAGGUUGAUCUCAAGAUGCCAUUAGUGAAAAGAAAUAUCGAUCCAAGGCACUUGUGCCACACAGCACUGCCUAGAGGAAUUAAGAAUGAACUGGAAUGUGUAACCAAUAUUUCCUUGGCAAAUAUAAUUAGACAACUAAGUAGCCUAAGUAAAUAUGCUGAAGAUAUAUUUGGAGAAUUAUUCAAUGAAGCACAUAGUUUUUCCUUCAGAGUUAAUUCAUUACAAGAACGUGUGGACCGGUUAUCUGUUAGUGUUACACAGCUUGAUCCUAAAGAAGAAGAAUUGUCUUUGCAAGAUAUAACAAUGAGAAAAGCUUUCCGAAGUUCUACAAUUCAAGAUCAGCAGCUUUUCGACCGCAAGACUUUGCCUAUCCCAUUACAGGAGACAUAUGAUGUUUGUGAACAGCCUCCACCUCUCAAUAUACUCACUCCUUACAGAGAUGAUGGUAAAGAAGGUUUGAAGUUUUAUACCAAUCCUUCAUAUUUCUUUGAUCUAUGGAAAGAAAAAAUGUUACAAGAUACAGAGGAUAAGAGGAAGGAAAAGAGGAAGCAGAAGGUAUUACAAGAAAUUCAAAAAAUUGAACAGAAAAAUCUAGAUCGUCCUCAUGAACCAGAAAAAGUGCCAAGAGCACCUCAUGACAGGCGGAGAGAAUGGCAGAAGCUGGCCCAAGGUCCAGAGCUGGCUGAAGAUGAUGCUAAUCUCUUACAUAAGCAUAUUGAAGUUGCUAAUGGCCCAGCCUCUCAUUUUGAAACAAGACCUCAGACAUAUGUGGAUCAUAUGGAUGGAUCUUACUCACUUUCUGCCUUGCCAUUUAGUCAGAUGAGUGAACUUCUGACUAGAGCUGAGGAAAGAGUCUUAGUCAGACCACAUGAACCACCUCCACCUCCACCAAUGCAUGCAACAGGAGAUACGAAACCCAUACCCACCUGUAUCAGUUCUGCUACAGGUUUGAUAGAAAAUCGUCCUCAGUCACCAGCUACAGGCAGGACACCUGUGUUUGUGAGCCCUGCCCCCCCACCUCCUCCACCACCUCUUCCAUCUGCCUUGUCAACUUCUUCAUUAAGAGCUUCAAUGACUUCAACACCUCCCCCACCAGUACCUCCCCCACCUCCACCUCCAGCCACUGCUUUGCAAGCUCCAGCAGUUCCACCACCUCCAGCUCCUCUUCAGAUUGCCCCUGGAGUUCUUCACCCAGCUCCUCCUCCAAUUGCACCUCCUCUAGUACAGCCCUCUCCACCAGUAGCUAGAGCUGCCCCAGUAUGUGAGACUGUACCAGUUCAUCCACUCCCACAAGGAGAAGUCCAGGGGCUGCCUCCACCCCCCCCACCGCCUCCUCUGCCUCCACCUGGCAUUCGACCAUCAUCACCCGUCACAGUUGCAGCUCUUGCUCAUCCUCCCUCCGGGCUACAUCCAACUCCAUCUACUGCCCCAGGUCCCCAUGUUCCAUUAAUGCCUCCAUCUCCUCCAUCACAAGUUAUACCUGCUUCUGAGCCAAAGCGUCAUCCAUCAACCUUACCCGUAAUCAGUGAUGCCAGGAGUGUACUUCUGGAAGCAAUACGAAAAGGUAUUCAGCUGCGAAAAGUCGAAGAGCAGCGUGAACAGGAAGCUAAACAUGAACGCAUUGAAAAUGAUGUUGCCACCAUUCUGUCCCGCCGUAUUGCUGUGGAAUAUAGUGAUUCAGAAGAUGAUUCAGAAUUUGACGAAGUAGAUUGGUUGGAGUAAGAAAAAAAAUGCAUUGAUAAAUAUUACAAAACUGAAUGCAAAUGUCCUUUGUGGUGCUUGUUCUUUGAAAAUGUUUGGUCAUUCCAGUGUUUUGCUUUCUUUUCCUUAAGGUAAAUAACCCUUUUCCACCAUAAUAUUUGAUUUCUAAGAAAAAUAUUAGCAUAUGUUUCCAACUAAAUGUUUUACAGUGGCUUAUCUUUUUUUAUUUUUCCCUGAAAAAGACAUAAUUUGGUCAAAUAAACCACUAAGUAUUAAGCAUGGACAGCUGUUGUUAGAGUAGCAGAUUCAGUUUUUUGAUAUAUCUUAAUUGUGCACUUUGUGAAUUUUAAUUUAAAGAAAGCAACUGAGAUUAAAAAUCUUGAGGGCAGCUGUAUCUAUUAAUGAGCCUUAUUCCAUUUCCUUACGUUUUAAAAGAAGAAACACUGCCUUGAUUAUAUGAACACACUCAGAUAAGUACAUUUAGCUUGUAGCAUUGAAUUCUCUUAAAGGAAUGCUUGAAUUUUUUUUUAAUUAUUGUUUUAUUGUUUUUAAAUACUUGCCUUAUUUGAAUGUUUAGCAGUAUCCCCUUCCUACUUAUAUAUUGUGUGGUACAAUUUUGCUUGCCUAUAAGAGUUUAAAAUUUUUCCAUGUGAAAUACUCGGACAUAAACCAUUGUAACUUACCUAACUGUUAAGAGUAACAGUCUGAUUUAAUAAAUGGUUCAUUUUAAAGG